GACCAGCAGAGGAGGUGGGGAACUGAGGCCAGAGAGGGGCGAGACGUGAUCCAGUUCUCCCUGCUCCUCCCCAUGACCCUGGGCUCUGGAUGGUGCCUCUCCAUCUCCCAGGUCACCCCAGUGGGAAUCCAUCCAAGUUUAUCCAGGCUGAGGCUGAGAGGUAGCCUACAGCCAAAAGUGACAUUCAAAACUGAUCACUAGUACAAUUGCCUGGGAAGUGUUCAUUGUUUUAAAAUCUGUACCAGGAAUUAUUUGAACAAUUUUGACUAACUUCUCAGAUUUGAGUCACCAUGCAGAAUUACACAGACACCAUGCUGCCUAACUGUGCUGAAUGAAACUCAUUCCAGGCCAGGGGCUGGGGAAUGAAGAGUGUCCAGUGUUUCCUUCAUUCAGAGGAGUGGACAGAGGGGCCAGGCCAGAGUCCUGGAGCUGACCCUGAUUAGCCCCCAGCAGCAUGAGCUGUAUGAGUCAGGAUGCAGUGGGUGGGAUCCAGGUGCAGUGAUUUAAGCAGGGAAGUGUAACAGACAGAAUUAUUAACUGUAACAGGAUUGGAAUACCCUGGGCAGAGCCCUGUCCUCGCCCCCAGGCUGAGAUUCAGACCUUGCUGGGGGCACAGCCAUGGCACACUAGAUAACAAAGAAAUCUCUGGGGUGCCACGGGCAGCAGAACUUGCUAGGAGUCUGCCCUCUAGGGUGCUGGCAACUGUUGCAAGAGGAUGCUGGGGGAAGGCGCUGGCCACUGGAUGCAUGCGGGAAGCCACAAGUGUAUCCGGACUGAUCUUAGGGAAGCCACACAUGUUGCGGGAAUGUCCCGAGGAAGCACAUUGCAUCCAGGAAAAGAAACCUCUCCACCUGCGGUGUCUCUCCAGUGCCCUCUACUGAUAAAACCUAAUAUGAUACUAGCCACAAAGUUCAGCUCCUUUAUCAUGAGGAGAAAAUGAAGGGCAAAUUUGGGGCUGAGACAUAAUAAAUGGAUAACUGACACAAUCUACCCCCUUGCUACUGAGGUUUCAUGUGUGCCCUUCUAUGCUCACAUGAACUCUUACACACUGAUAAAAUGACUCUCCUUCCAGCUGACAAAUGCAGAAUUUCUCACACAUUUUGAUAGCAGUCUGACAGUUACUGAGUCUGUUGCUGGCUAUAUCAUUACUUCUAGAUUUAGGGGCAGCCUCACUAGAUAUGCUGUUUCCGAAGGUUACCUCCAAUCUCCUGCAAGUGUGGGAGGAGGAAGGAGGUCUCUUGCUUUUGCUCAGGACCUGUGCAUCACUGCUAAGACCUCUCCUCAUAGUGAUUCAUGGGUUGUGAUUCAAGAUGGCCUCAGUGUUUCUUUCCAGUGUAUUUCAAAGCUCUAAGCCAAAAACUAUAUAUGCCACCUCUGGUGACUGGCCAAAUACACUUGGUGUUUUCCCUGUUGCGGGAGGGCAAUAGGGGCUUCUGGUGGCUGGUCCUGUUCUUGCUGUGGGGCUGUCUGGCCCAUGAGAAUGGGUGGGCUGCAGGCCCUUGGUAUCUGCGCUUCUGUACGUUUGUGAUGUGAGAAAAGGAUGGGAGGAGCAAGGAGGAGGCUGCCUCGGGAGGUACACUGCAGCAGGGCCAGUGAAGAGACACCUGGUGAGCCAAGCCUAGGCUCAUCAGAGAUUACAGAGGGGCUCCCGGUGCCUGCAGUGAAAUGGGGAGCAGGCCAGGCUCUGGGGCCAUCAGCGUGGUGGGGAGAUCCUGGCUAUGCAGUGCUGCCAGGAGCCAUCUGGGCCAGCAGGGCCUGCCCCAUUGCCCCUUACUUGGGCUCCCUCCUGCUUUAGCCAUCCCUGUCCUGGCCUGGGAUGCACCAGCCUCUGCCUGCCGCCUUAACAUCCGCUGCUGUGUCUUCAUCUUACACCCAUCUACUAACUGGCAGGAAUGGGAGUGUGUGCUGUUCUAACCAUUUACAAGUGUCCAGCACAGUGGCAUUAAACACAUUCACAUUAUUGUGCAAGCAUCCCCACCGUCCAUCUCCAGAACUCUUCAUUGUCCCCAAAUGAAACUCUGUCUCCACUGAACACUAACUUUCCAUUGUUCCCACCAGCUCCUAACAACCACAGUUCUAAUUUCUGUCUCUAUGACCUGGACUAUUCUGGGGACCUCGUUAGUGGAAUCAUAAUAUUUUUUUGUGACUGGCUUGUUUGACGUGGCAUAGUGUUCUCAAGGUCCAUCCCUGGUGUAGUAUUGUCAGAAUCUCCUUCCUUCUUACGGGUGAGUAACAGCCCAUUGUAUGCAUGGACUAUAUUUUUAUCCAUUCAUCCGUUGAUGGACACUUGGACUAUUUUCACUUCUUGGCUGUAAUGCUGCCGUGAAGAUUAGCAUUCAAAUGUCUGUUCGAGUCCUGCUUUCCAUUUUUUUUUGUGUAUGUACCCAGAAGCAGAAUUGCUGGAUCAUAUGGCAAGUCUGUAUUUGACUUUCUGAAGAACUGCCAAAUUGAUUACCUCAAGUAUCUUUGAUGGCCAUGCAAUAGGCUUCCCAAGCCAUGUCAGCCCGUGUCCUGUUUGGUGGCAGAGUUAUGUCUUCACAGUGUGUCAUCAUUGAGUGCUGUCCAGAGCAAGUCCUUUUGCGCCAAGCCAGACAAGCCAGGUGCUAGUGCCACCAUCUGCUUGGAUUCUACUGCCCAUAAAGCUGGUACACAGGGCUGGGACCCAUUGAAGACCCUGUGCUCCAUGUGCUCUCUUGGGCGCCCUCAAUGUCAUCACGUGUUCAGUAGCCUCUUGACCCUCAGUGUAAUGGGAAGUACCUGUUUUUAUUUGUGGGUUAACCUCAUCCCUGAAGUCAGUGUUGCUCCAAGGUCAGAUGAUUGUAGAGGGGACUUUUUUUUUUUAAAUAUUUAUUUAUUUAUUUAUUUUGAGAGAAAGUGUGCAUGAGCGGGGGAGGGGCAGAGAGGGGGGAGAGAGAAGCAGGAUCCAUGCUGUCAGUGCAGAGCCCAGCAUGGGGCUCGAUCUUAUGAACUGGGAGAUCAUUACCUGAGCUAAAAUCAGAUGUUCAACUGACUGAGCCACUCAGGUGCCCCAAAGGGGACUUUCAUAGCUGGAAUGGUGGCCAUCAUUGCCAUAUAAAGUUGACCUUUAAACAACAUGGAUUUGAACUGUGUAGGUCUACUUACAUGCAGAUUUUUUAAAGUACAAUACUGUAAAUGUAUUUUCUGUUCCUUAUAAUUAUUUUUAAGAUUCUUAAUUGAAAAAAAUUUUUUUAAUGUUUAUUUAUUUUUGAGAGAGACAGAGCAUGAGUGGGGGAGGGGCAGAGAGAGAGAGGGAGACACAGAAUCCGAAACAGGCUCCAGGCUCUGAGCUGUCAGCACAGAGCCUGACGUGGAGCUUGAAGUCACAAACUGUGAGAUCAUGACCUGAGCCAAAGUCGGAUACUUAACCUACUGAGCCACCCAGGUGCCCUUAAGAUUUUAAUUUUUUUUUUUUUUAAAGUAAUCUCUACACCCAGUGUGGGAACUCGAACUUAUUACCCCUAGAUCAAGAGUCGUGUGCUCCUUUAUUUUAGGUAGCUUACUUUAUACUAAGAAUAUGGUAUGUAAUACACAUAGCAUAUAAAAUAUGUGUGAAUCAACUGUUUACGUAAUUGGUGAGGUUUGUGGUGAACAGUAGGCCAGUAGUAGUCAAGUUUUGGUGGAGUCGAAAGUUAUAUGUGGAUUUUUGACUGUGCAGGGAGGGAAGGUGAUGCCUCUAACCCCUGUGUUCAGCGGUCAACUGCAUAUAUAAAUAUUAACUUAAACGUUUCCUCUCUGCCCUACAGAAAAGACUGAAACAUCCUCACUUUUGAUGCUAUGGGCAGUGUCAUCCAUGGCUCUGCCGUUGCCAGAUGCUGAUCUCAUGGGAAUGUGUUUUCUGGCUUCCCAGAAGUCAUUCUCUGGAAGACGAGCCUGUCCCUGUCAUGCCCUCCUAGGACUGACCCAGUGAUGUUGCCACUUUGCUGGCCUGUUGUGAAAGAUGUGGCUCCUGAAGCAUCUCUUCUUCUCUUGGGCCUCAUUCAAGCACCAUAUCCUGUUUUCCCACAAGAGAAAGUGUGGCCCAUUACACAGCAUGUAUCUUGUGAUCUGUCUGCCCAGAUGUAGCAGUUAUAGUCUGUUGCUGAGUGGCUCUCAGGGGGCCCGGGAAGGGAGGGGGGAGCCAGCGCAGCACGUGCUCAGGGAGUGAAUGUGAGCAUGGCACCUUCUGCAGAACAUCUCCAGGCCUGAUACUGGGCUGGGCCCUGGUGUCAUGGAUCCCAUGGUCUACACCUCCCAUCCGCCAUGUCACUGCAUCUCGCUGUUGGGGAUGCCCAUCCCUCCAGAGGUGGCAGCCGUCCCCAUGUCAGUUUCCACUGGUCCCUCCCCUCCAGGCACUUCCCUGGCAUGACCCUCCAAGAGCCCUUGGGCCUUCCUGUCUGUCUUCUUGGUGCUGAGCUGGCCCUGGAAAGUACCAAUAUCUGCAGCACUCCAGCAGGGAGCAUAACAGACUUACGUAAGAAUCAGAACCAGAAGCCAACAUCACCAGUCUUAAUUCAGGUUCUGCCUUCCUGGCCUCCCAGCCUCCUGGCCUCUGCAGCCCCCUCUCCCCACAGGCUCAUCCUGGCGGCCAACAGGGAUGAAUUUUACCACAGACCAUCCAAGUUAGCAGACUUCUGGGGGAACAACAAUGAGGUCCUCAGUGGACUUGACAUGGAGGAAGGCAAGGAAGGAGGCACGUGGCUGGGCAUUAGCACACGGGGGAAGCUGGCUGCGCUCACCAACUACCUGCAACCACGGCAGGACCGGGAUGCCCGGGGCCGAGGUGAACUUGUGACCCACUUUCUGACUACAGACAUGGACAGCUUGUCCUACUUGAAGAAGGUCUCUGCGGAGGGCCACCUGUACAACGGCUUUAACCUCAUAGCAGCUGACCUGAGCACAGAGAAGGGUGAUGUCGUUUGCUACUAUGGAAACCGGGGGGAGCCUGAGCCUGUCGUCCUGGCACCAGCAGGCUCCCUAACCGCUGACAUAUCCAGCACGUACCCCUCUGGCCUCAGGUUGCUGAUUCUCCCACCCUUGACCUUCUCAGGUGGAUCCAUACCUUGCAGCUUUUUCCAGCUUAGAGAUGGCGGGACCUAUGGACUAAGCAAUGCACUGCUGGAGACACCCUGGAGGAAGCUGUGCUUUGGAAAGCAGCUCUUCCUGGAGGCCGUGGAGCGGAGCCAGGAGCUGCCCAAGGAUGCCCUCAUCGCCCAGCUCCUGCACGUGCUCAACAAUGAUGAGGCCUGCCAGAUCCAGCUAUUGAGGACCAGGGCAGGGAGUAUGUGCAGCCCUUUCUGAGCAAGUACGCAGCUGUGUGUGUGCGCUGCCCAGGCUAUGGCACCAG